AUGUUGAUUGGAUCGGCAAUCGGUAGCGAGUUUACCCAACUACCGAGUGCCCCGUGGAGCAUGGAACCUCCCAGGGCGCCCCUCCCCGGCCAAGGAUCCCUGCCGCCACCCUCGCUGCAGCUCUCGCCAACCGUCGGCCUGUCCCCCAACCUGCCGUCGCCCGGUGCGGUGCAACCGACGGCGAAUCUGUUCGGGGCCGCGGCAGCUGCCGCCGCAGCUGGGGCGGCCGGUUCGGCCAACGCACACGCCCUGGCCGGUCUGGUCUCGCAGCAUCGGCUCCUGGAGCUGUCCCGCUUCGGUUUGCGCGGGUACGACCUCGCGCAACAUAUGCUCACCCAGCAGGGUGCCGUAUCGAAGCUAUUGGGAACUCUACGGCCACCGGGACUGAUCGGCGGAUCGAAACCGAAAGUCGCCACGCCAGCCGUCGUGUCGAAGAUCGAGCAGUACAAACGGGAAAACCCGACCAUCUUUGCGUGGGAAAUCAGAGAGCGUCUCAUCUCGGAAGGUGUCUGCACCAAUGCGACCGCACCGUCGGUAUCGUCCAUCAACCGGAUUCUGCGUAACCGGGCUGCGGAACGAGCGGCGGCCGAGUUUGCGCGAGCCGCCGGCUACGGACUCUACCCGCCACCCCCCUACGGUGGCUUCCCGUGGCCCACCCCAACCCACCUGUGGUCCCCGGGCCAAGGCCUACAGAGCAUGGGCGGACAGAACGCAGGCGGAAGCACCACACCCGGCACGAUCGGAUCUCCCGGAUCGGGAUCGCACGAAACGCUUGGAUCCCCGGAUGGCAAUCGAUUGAUAGGUGAGUAACCCGCUUGUCUGUGGACACCCCGUCACCGUACUAACCCGCCCACCCCCCCCUCUCGGCGUCCAGAUAUUGAGGGCGAAGACUCCAACAGUUUGGACGGAGAUCAACCAAAGUUUAGACGUAACCGCACCACGUUCAGCCCGGAGCAGCUGGAGGAACUGGAGAAGGAGUUCGACAAGUCGCACUACCCCUGCGUCAGCACCCGGGAGCGCCUUGCGUCCCGCACUUCCCUCAGCGAAGCCCGCGUCCAGGUUUGGUUUUCCAACAGACGGGCGAAAUGGCGACGUCACCAGAGAAUGAAUCUUUUAAAAAGGUCCAGCUCGCCGAGCACCCGAGCGGCGGCGGCGGCUGCGGCAAGUUCCGCUUUCACCCCUGGCUCCCCGCCGCCGCCGCAGCAGCCGCAGCAGCAGCAGCCGCCGCCAGCAGGAUCGCAGCCGCCAACGGGGGCUGCGGCGGGUUCCCAGCAGCCGCAGCCGCGGGUCCGUUCGCCCGGUUCGCCCGGAGCGCCGGGAGCCCACCCCGGUCUCCAUCUCCAGCCCAGUCCGCACCAUGCAGCGGUGCAUCACCUGCACCACCACCACUCCGUGCUGCACCACCACCAUCCGCACCAUGCGCUGCACCCGGUGCUGGCUCACCAGCCGCCGCCAAUGCCGCCCGGAGCUUUGCCACCGCACCACCACCACCACCAUCAGCACCAGCACCCGCACUCGCAUCACCCGGGGGUGCACCUGCACCCUCCCAACCCGUCCACCUCGCCGGCGGCGGCAGCACAGGCGGCGGCCGCCCUGGGAGCCCAGGCGGCGGCGGCAGUGGCGGCGGCCCAAGCGGCAUCAUUAGUCACAGCAUCAACUCCAUUAUUAAUGGGCGGUGAGCACAGCGCCUUCCGAUCGCUCGUGCCCACCUCCGCGGCCGCCCUCUUCGCCGGCCUGUCCCGCUCCUACGCUGCCGCCGCCACCACGACGACGACGACGACGGCGACGACGGGGUCCUCCAAUCCGGAUUCGCUGCCCGGAAGUCCGGCCGGACCCGGAACCAGUGACGAUUCGGACGAGGAGAUCAAUGUCCACGACGAUGAAGACUCCAAUGAUUCGCGGUUUGGUUUAAUCUGGGACGACACUGAGCCGUCCCUGUACGAAUGUGGAGCCACGCUGAUCGACUACCAGUAUCUGCUAACGUCCGCAUCCUGUGUCACAACCAACCGCGGCGAUCCAUCAUGGACUACGGAGGCCCGGUGA